AUGGUCGUGGGGAUGCGGUCGACGGUGCAGCGCCAUUUGUUUGAAAAAGCAGGUGAGCACCCAUCGGUGGAAAAAGGUCGCGAAGGGAGUUGAUCCGCCAGCAGCCUUGCUGAACCGCUCCUCUGGCACGCCCGGCGUUGCUGCAGAUGGUCAGAUGUUCAAGUUUGUACGUGCGAGAAACUCAUGCUUCCGUUUGCACUGGUGAAUCACACCCUCGACGAUGGUGGUACGGAGACCACGUUCCACGAGCAGUGAUAGGGGUAAGGUGGUCCGAUAUGUCCGCAGGCUGCGGCGGACUCCCCAAUGAGCGGAGCCAACGCAAAAUCUGAACGGGCGUGCAAAGUUCGGGGUGGCGUCCCCUUGGUGAGCGCAGUUCACCGUUUGCUCGGCACUUCCGAUCUUUGCUCAAUUCGACCGCCGUUCUUUCGAUGCUCGCUCAGCGUCCCCGCAGUCAACAUUGCACGUCUAGAAUUCUGUCGCUGUUAAGCCGACACAAUGCGCUGAUUUGA